AUGAAUCCCGAAUACGGUUUUGGUUCUCAGCAAACUCCCUAUUUUACUGAAGAUCAAAGGUCUUUCCCUCAAUACGAGGGUCAAAGCACCUCUAAUCAAAAUUUACAUAACUUUCAUGACAAUUCUCAACAACAUUCUAAUUAUAUUGAAGAACAAGUUUUAGCCAAUCAAUUCCAAGAUCAAAACAUUUCUAACCACUCACAAUACAACUUUGAGCAACAUUAUGAGCCCCAAAACCAAUAUUUCCAUAAUCCCUUGAACUAUGAUCAACAAAAUUCUAACAUUUAUAUACCAUACAACCAAAGAAGUGAUUUAAAUAAUGAAGUUAACAACAAAAAUUAUUACCCUAAGGAAAUUUUAAAUCCGCAAGAAAUUGAUCCCAAUCACUCUAAAUCUCUUUAUCAGGAACAUCCCUACAUAAGUAUUCCACAAGUAUCUAAUUUCACUACAAAUUAUCAAAUAAAUCAUAAAGAUGAAAACUCUCAACAGUGCUUACCAUUCACACAUGAACAGAACCAGCAAUAUUUUUUGCCAGAACCAUCACUCCCUCCACCUGCGCCACCUGCUCUGUCAGUUGUGGAAAACCUACUCUUAAACAGCCAAAAGAUUCCUCAGCCUUCCGAACCACCACCUCCCCUACCAGUGUUAAAGUCAUCUUCACACUCAUUCAAGAACCCUCCUUCUCCCCCUCUUCCUAUUUCCCAAUCAUCAACAUCGGUAUUAUUACCAGUUGAUUCUGAUUCUGAUUCUGAUUCUGAAUCUGAUAUUGGAAUUUACCUUAUUAAAUCAGCAAUUGUUCGACGUAAACUUGAAAAUCUUAAAACUAUUACAGUUAACACAACACCCCCACAAAUUCCUUCAUCUCAAACUUUUUUAAACGUCCCUCAAUCUUCAUCCUCCAUUAGUAAUCGCAGGGCGUCCACUUCCUCAACUCAUUCUUUUCAUCGACAUAGCAGACAAAGUUCCGUUUCCUCUGAGCAUAGCACAAAAUCUCACAAGUCAAUUGAUUUUAAAUCCAUUUUUGUAAAAACUGACGGUUCAGAUUCGGGAAUACUUUUUUCUAAAUUCACUGAAAAUUUAAAGAUUAAAGUUGUAAGAGAUUAUACAACAACUAAAAUUUUUUCGGACCCUUUGACCCGAAAUAUGAUAGAGAAAUUUAUCAAUGAUCUUACACCUGAAAAAAUUAAACAAUUAGAUAAGGAAAAACGACUCGAAGGUAUUAUCACACUAUUUAUACAUUGUGCUAACGAAGUUCUUCUAACACAGGGGAAUAAUUCUUAUCAGAAUAUUUCUGAUGAAAUCAGUCGUCAUACAAAUGAGUUUGUGAAUUAUCUUAUUUUUUACAUUGAAAAAAGCAGUCGUGGUUUAAUUUUUAGUAAAAAGUCGGCUUUAAUUAAAGAUUUAAAAAACUAUUCUGAAUCUCUUGAAAAAAAUACACGAUUAGAGCCCAAGAAAACUAUUGUUAAACCAAUCUCUGAAAGUAGAAAAAAACGAUAUGGCACUCACUGGUAUUCUUCAAAUCCCCCUACUGAUGACAUAGGAUCUUCAUCGAAAAGCAAUUUAUCAAUAAUAUCACCUACUCAGACUUUACAAGCCCACUCUAAUUCUUCAACAAGUCAACAUAUUAAACAAUAUACAACAAAAAAAAUUGAACGGAAUAAUGAUUAUACAGUCGAUUUUCAAAACGAUUCUAUAUUUAAAUAUAUCAUUGAACUGUUUGACAUUUCCCAGGAGGUUAUUCCCCUACUUUCUAAAUCACUUGUGUCUCUUGCCACUGAUACAGCAGCUCUUAAUGAUUUAAGAAAAUGUGAAUAUGAUCUUCAGCUUGGUACUCAUCCGGUCUAUUCUCUUGGAAAUUUUUCUUCUGAAGAUGUAAAGAAACAGUGGAUUAAACAAGAAAAUAUCAACAUAUCUAACGAUAUAAAGAGUUUAAAAGAAAAGGCACCAUAUCUCAAUGAUGAACCACAAACUUCUAUUGACGAACUCUCAUCCUAUAUUUUUAUUCCAUUGAAGCCUAUUGAAAGCUUUAAAAAAAUUGCCUUAUAUUUAAUUGAAUAUGAAUACAAUUUAUUUAAAGAAAAACAUCCCGAUAACGAUGCUAGUUUUCAGUUUUCGGGAAAUGCGAAAACAAUUUUAAGUUUUGUGGAGAUUUUUUGGAGAAUAUCACCUGUAACUAUAGGUGUCAUUCUCUUGAGCGAAGGUGAAAGGCUUAAAGGGGAGCUUUAUUCUAACAGAAUUUUUCUUGAUAAAAUUUUUCCAUAUGUUAUUUCUCUUUAUCUUGAGGGGACUCAAGAAAGUUCAAAUUUAUGGCAUGAUUUUGAAAAGGACAUUUCUUAUCAAGUUAUGUCCAAAAUUUUGGAUGAUAUGACCAAUCUGGCUAUUGAAGAUUUGUCUAUAGUUAAUUAUGAUACAACAAUCACUGUUUUUUCAAAACUCAGUAAAAGCAUUCAAGAUUACAUUCAACCAUUUUCUUCAUUUGAAGGAUACGAAGAGCUUGAAUUUUCCGAUAACUGUGAAAGUGCAUUUAAGGAGCAAAUUGAUUUCCUUGUUGGGUCGAAAUUUGAUGAGCAACGGGCUCAAUUUUAUUCUCAAUCUGAUUUUCAAUUGAUGGAUUUAAAAAGCCUAUGUUUAACAGUUCAAGAUACAACAAAAAGCCUUCGAUACAAACUUAAAGAAACGUUGGUUGGGUUUAAUAUUCGAGAUAUGACUGUUUUUCUUUAUCUUUUACCAUUUUUUCGGCUUAUUAAUGAUAUUACCCCAAAAAUACCAUUAGACAUUGAACUUGAAACCAAUAUCCCUUUCACAUCGGAAGAUAUUCGUGAAGUUUUGGAUUCAUUUUCUUUCAUUGUUAACUGCUAUGAAAAAGCUCAAAAAUCUUUGUCAACUACUCAACCCUUAUUUUCAGCUAGUCUUAUUUUCGAAAAGUUUUCUCAAUCCCUAUCUCAAAACUUGAUUAAUAAAAUUUCUUCAGAAAUAAAUACUGAUUUGAAAACUAAAAUUUUAAAAUCUCUUAUAACUGAAAACUAUGAUGACUUGAAUGACAGUUUGAAAAUAACCAAAAACUUAUAUGAUGCUUUCAAAUUGUUUAACUUGAGACUAACUCUUAUUGAAAAUCACAUCUGGAAUCCAUCUUUCACAAAUGCCGAAAUAUAUCUGAUUUUUGUUAACACUGUAACAGAAGUCCUUAUUAACUAUUCUGAUUUCCUCAUUUCUUCUGUUCGAGAAGAUUUAAAAGAGUCUAAUUCUGAACCUCCGGCUCAAAAAAGUUCAAGCUAUCAAGACAAGAUAUCGCAACUAAUUAGCAACAUUUCUCUUCAAGAAGAAAUUUUCCAGCCUUAUUCAUUUCAAAAUUCUACAUGUAUUAAAAUGAAUAAUAUUCAAUGGGCUCUUUAUCAGUUUCAGCAACUGGAUAUUGACUAUCAAUCUAUUAAUCAAGUACUUUUAGAAGAUUCUGAUUCUUUUGCAUUUUUCAAUAUGCCUAAACUAGCUACUUUUAAAAUUAAAAUUAUUAAAGCUAAAGACCUUCCAGCUGUUGAUAGAAAUGGACUUUCUGAUCCUUAUGUUAUCAUCAGAAAGAGCGGAGAUACCAUUUUUCAAACAAAAACAAUUUACAAAACAUUGACACCGGUUUGGAAUGAAACUUUUGAGGUUCAUCAACAUAAUGAAUAUGAAAAUAUGAAGCUGGAAUUUGUUGUAUGGGAUGAAAAUAAAAUAAUGAUGGACCAAAUAUGUGGAGGAUCAUUUACUCUUAAUCUGGACCCAAAACUAUUAUUCAAUAAACCACCAGUUGAAUGUUGGUAUGAUCUUAAUGAAAAUGGAAAAUUACUUCUUCAAAUUGAACUAAACAUUGAAAAUUCUGACAGCAUUAUUUACCAAUACAACCUAUGCGUUAAGCAUCUUUACAAUGCCAACGAAAUGAUAUUUUCUCUUGUUAUUUCAAAAUUUUCAAAAGCGAUCAAGUAUUAUAUUUCGACAACUACCAUUGAUAAUUUUUUUGGUUUCACUGUAAAAUUGAAUGAUACAGUUUCUGAUUAUCUUUCAAAGUGGACUGAUAAGCAGAAUACUUUUCAAACGAACUCAGAACAAAAAAACAAAUAUGAAUUGUUGCUCACCCCUCUAUUUGAAUACUUAGAUCAAAAUCUUUUGAUCUUUCUUAGAAACUUAAGUGAGUAUGCUUUCAGGUCGCUGUUAAUGGAAUGUUGGCAUAUUUUUGUUGAAUCUCUUAUUACAUUGGUGGUACCUGAAAUUUACGAUAGAAAAAACACCUAUCAACCUCUUACAAAUGAACGCAAAUAUUUAAUUAUGAAUUGGAUGGAAGCUAUUAAGGAAUUUGUCAAUCAUGAUAACGAUGGGGUUCCUUUUGAUGAACUAGAAGCGACGCCUAAGUAUAUGUUGUUCAUGAAGUUAAUGAAUUUUGACUAUUCCAGGUCGAAACGUGAAAUUAUUGAAGAUUGCGAGCAUUUUCGUGUUGAGAUGGAUAAAAUUAAAUGCAGUUACGAAGAAAAGUCAUCGCUUAAUAUGUCACCUGUUAAUGCUGCUCGUAAUGUUAUAAUGAUAACACCGUUUGAAUUGGAGAAUAAGAUCUCUAAAUAUGGUCGCCAAUUUGAUGAAAUGAUGAAUCAAUUUACAAUGUUUUUAAGGCUGUUAUUAUUAAAGGGAGAUGUGAAAACUGUAGAUGAGUUUCUUUCUGUUGUUUAA